GACUCAGCCCCCGCUCCGGGCGCCUCAGCGAAGCCUCGCGAGAGCUGGGCCCCGCCCGGCCCCGCCGCGCCUUUCCCCGCUCUCGCGAGCGCCGCGCUCUUUCUCUUCCCUCGCGCACGCCGACAAGAUGCCCUCCAGACUAAGGAAGACCCGGAAGCUGAGAGGACACGUUAGCCACGGCCACGGCCGCGUUGGCAAACACAGGAAACAUCCUGGAGGGCGUGGUAAUGCUGGUGGUAUGCACCAUCACAGGAUUAACUUUGAUAAAUAUCACCCUGGUUACUUUGGAAAAGUAGGCAUGAGACACUAUCACUUGAAGAGAAACCAAAAGUUCUGUCCUACUGUCAAUUUGGAUAAACUAUGGACACUUGUCAGUGAACAGACAAGGCUCAAUUAUGCAAAAAACGAGGCUGGACUGGCCCCGGUCAUUGAUGUUGUGCGCUCGGGCUACUACAAAGUCCUGGGCAAGGGCAAGCUGCCCAAGCAGCCUGUAAUUGUGAAAGCAAAGUUCUUCAGUAGAAGAGCAGAGGAGAAGAUCAAAGAAGUUGGUGGUGCCUGUGUGCUUGUGGCAUAAAAGCCUUUGGUUUAUUCAAAUUUUUUGAAUAAAGGCAAUGUGUAAAAUGUGCUAA